GCGUUCGCCGCUGAGGACCCCGACUGAGCCACUCUCCUCUCCGUCCUCUCUUUCGGCUGCCACACGAAAACAGGAAACCCCCAAAAAUACAAAUUAUAUUAAGAAAAAUAAAGCACAUCUCCAGCAACGAUAUCUAUCGCCUCAUCUCGAGAACGCGAAAGCCUCCGGCCGUGGGCGCCGACCGACCAGGCGAAGGAUGAUGAUGAACUUCAGGGACUGGAUCUCAUACCGGCUCGGGUCGUCGCUGCUGGCGGCGAGGCCGUUCGCCAUCUCCCGGUCCGACGCCGGCGCCUCCCAGGGCGAUGGGGAAGGUACAACACAAAGUGAGUUUGUAGAAACCGUAUCCGCCAACAGAUUUCCUUCCAAUGAUAGCCGUGCACUAGAGGUCACAUCCAACCCACAGGCUGUUUCCUCUGGUCUUCUUCAGCCAGAUCAUGAUCACAACAAGUCAGAUCCACUAAAGCAAGUUGAGGCACUUCAAAUUAAGUUUUUGCGGCUGGUACACAGGACUGGAGUGCCUCCCAGUACCAAUGUAGUUGCACAGGUACUGUACAGACUGCAGCUUGCCAACUUGAUCAAGGCUGGUGAAUCAGAUGCGAAGACAACUAACCUUGCUAUCAACAAAGCCAGAGUUAUAGCAGCAGAACAAGAAGCACCCGGUGAACCUGAUUUGGACCUCCCCUUGCGAAUUCUUCUUCUGGGAAAGACUGGUGUGGGAAAGAGCGCCACAAUAAACUCCAUGUUUGAUGAAACAAAGGUUGCUACUAAUGCACUUGUUCCUGGUACUAGUAGGAUAAAGAGGGUUCAUGGAAAUAUCAAAGGAGUAAGAGUUACAGUUAUCGACACACCUGGUCUGCUACCUCAUUACCAUAGCCAACGGAGGAACAGGAAGAUUUUGCAUGCUGUCAAGCGUUUCAUUAAAAGAAACCCGCCUGAUAUCGUCCUGUACUUUGAGCGGCUUGACCAUAUUAACAGCAGAUGCAGUGACUACCCUCUGCUGAAGCUUAUAACUGAUACCUUGGGUUCUUCGAUAUGGUUCAACACUGUCCUUGUAAUGACUCACUGUUCCUCAUCUCCUCCUGAAGGACCAGAUGGUCAUCCUUUGGAAUAUGACGCGUACACCCGUUACUGUAAGAAUGUCGUGGAGCGUCAUAUCCAGCUAGCAGCUUCUAACACACAGCUGGAGAACCCUAUUGUUCUGGUUGACAAUCAUCCAAUGUGCAGACGGAACACCAGGGGUGAAAGAGUUUUGCCAAAUGGGCAGGUAUGGGUAUCAGAACUUCUUUUGCUGUGUGGGGCGACCAAGUUGUUAGCAGAAGCAAAUUCCUUACUAAAGUUCGAAGAUAGUUUUCUGCUGUCACAAGCAAAUGCCAGGCUGCCUUCACUCCCUCAUCUUCUUUCAUCACUCCUUAAACCUUCUGUGUCAUUGAGUACUGAGGGUGUUGACAAUGAGAUGACUGAGCUAUCAGAUGAGGAGGAUGAAUAUGAUCAGCUACCACCUUUCCGUGUUCUAAAAAGAUCUGAAUAUGAAAAGUUGACCAAAGAACAGAGAACUGCAUAUCUUGAUGAACUGGACUACCGUGAGACUUCAUACCUCAAACAGCAGUGGAAGGAGGGAAUCCGGAGCCAAAAGCUUGCUGAAGCCCAAAACACCGAAGCAUCAUCUGCAGUCGCUGAUGAUUAUGAAGAGAGCACAUCCCCAGUUGUGCACAUAUCAGAUAUGGAAAUCCCAUUAAGUUUUGACUCUGAUUAUCCAGCACACCGCUACCGUCACGUUAUAACUAAUGAUCAGUUGUUUAGACCAGUUUUGGAUCCCCAAGGAUGGGACCAUGAUAUUGGGUUCAAUGGUAUCAAUUUUGAAUCAUGUCAUGACUUAAAAAAGAACAUAUCAACAUCUAUUGCUGGACAGAUGAUGAAGGACAAAGAAGACAUGUAUAUCCAGUCGGAAUGUUCAGUAAGCUAUAGUGAUCAAAGGCGCUACUCAUUGAUGGGGGGCAUGGAUAUGCAAACAGCGAGUAAGGAUUUGGUUUUUACUGUUCAUGGGGAUGCCAGGUUCCAAAAUCUGCCUUGGAACACCACCGGAGGAGGUAUUUCUGUUACUAAAUUCGGGUCAAAGUAUUUUUCUGGGGCCAAAUUAGAAGACUCCAUCACCAUUGGGAAACGAAUCCACUUGGUAGCCAAUGCCGGGAGGAUGGUUGGCGGUGGACAAGUGGCAGAUGGAGGUGGCCUGGAAGUCACAGUAAGGGGGAAAGACUACCCUGUGAGAGAAGGGAGCACCAGCAUGGCGGCCACUGCUCUGUCGUUCGAGAAAGAGACUGUAAUCGGGGCGAAUCUUCAGUCUGUCUUCCGAGUGGGCCAUGGGUCAAAAUUAUCGGUCAGCGCAAACGUAAACAGCAGAAAUCUAGGCCGGCUCUGUGUCAAGAUCAGCACGUCAGACCAUGUGGAAAUAGCUCUGGUCGUGGCCGUAUCACUGGUCCAGUUCUUGCUAAGGAGAAGAUUGCUGCCGACUGGCAAAGGCCACCAACAGCUUGACACCGACUUAGAUGAGUAAUAAGUGAACAGAUAGACGGAAGAGUAGACAGCCAUUUCAUGAUGUAAACGUUCAGCAGUUGGGAGUCGUACCUGGUCAAGCUACUGUACCCGCCGCUAAUGUGGGGCUCCUAAUUGUACAGAUUUCCUAAAUCUAUGUCUGAUUAUAUUUUAUUUUGAAACAA